AUGACAGCGAAUCAUGUUCGCUUUUUGGCCAAGACCGUUCUUGUUAGAGAUAACAAAAUCGAACCUGCCUACAGAUUACUGGACGGAAUUUUAAAAAGAGAAGGAUUCUUUUCCGACGUGAAGAGAAAAGAAAGAUAUGAAAAGCCAUUCCUCAAGCGAAAUCGACUUGCUUACGAGAGAUGUAGGAGAAUCUAUGACGCUGAAAUGCAGCGGAAGAUAGAAUUUGUCAUGAGAAAGAACAGACCAGACCCUUUCUUAAGAUAA